AUAGAGAAAACACAACAAGUAUUAUUAACUUGGGUAGAGAAGAAGGCAGCCAAGUGAAAAAUAAAGGAAAACAAGUCAUGCCUUACACUGAAAAGGAGAAUAUUAAAAAACUAGCUAAGGAG